CGAGAAUAAUUCGUAUUAUAACAUCGAGUUUUCGCCAGCCGUAAGAAUAGUUUUCUUGCUUUGUGUAGUUUGUGUAGCAAGCUACUUUUCUUCGAGACGCCAUCUGUAGAUCAGUGCUUCCUCCCCUUCUUUCCUUUUCCCUUCUUACCUCCGCCCUUCGGUUUGUCGUUGCCCUUGCGAACAGUAUUCGUGUUGUUACCCUUCCCGUUGUUCUUGUUGGAAGAUUGCUUAUUGACCUUGUUGCUGUUUUUGUACCAGCAGUCCUUGGCGUUAGUUAUGGGAUUCCGAAUUGCAAUUCGAACAUCACUUGGAAUCUCCUGCAUAAUUGGCCGCAUGACUGUCGUCAUUACCACCAGCAGUCUGAUUCACGGCCAAGUUUGGAUUUUGCGCGAUCAGAUUCGCAGCGGCCUGCUGGAUCAGAUUCGGCAUCUCCUUCUUAAACAUGUUGGACAACAUUUGCUUUUCGCGAUUCUUCUGAACGUGAUCCGGGUGCGGACCAUGCUUGCUGCGAGAAUUCUUGUUGCGGACCAGAUUAGCCUUGUGCUUCGUGGUCUCUCCGUUGCUGGAGUGAGCACGUUCUUCCUCGAUCAUGUGAUUCUUAGUUUCUUCGAAACUAGAUCCAUCCGCCAAGGCGCGCUUGUUGCAAUCAUCGAAUUCCUCACGCAUGUUCCCGAAAGUGCAGCGGUGCCUCAAUUCGUCAAUAGUGAUUGA